GUCGGUUUGUCCGGUCACGUUUUUCCGGUCGGAAGCUGUGUCUGUUGUUCGCUGGCACGGUCGUCUCUCGGAGUGUGGGUUUGUUUUGUGAAUCGAAUGCGGCGUUAGUGGCGGCCCGCCAGCCCAGUCAGUGGUAAAGAUUAUCGCACGUGGCACAUAGGAGUAAAGGUGCAGUGUUGGCAUUGGUCGGGAGUCCCCAAAUUAGGGAGGGAGUUUCGCGCAGUUGUUUUCCGGUUUUCUGUUUGGUUCGCCGGUGGGCGGAUUGGUGUGUAAUUAAAAUCAGCAGGAUACCGGUUGGGAGCUUUCGCGAGUGAAGGGUUUUGUUUUCCGACGAGUGUGAUUGUAGAAAAGUGUAAACGAGUGCUAUUUUCGUGAUUGAUGGCAACUGGAUGGCAAAGCUAGAUUUCGAUAAUUUGAGUGGUUGAUGGGAAGAAUGUAAUCAGAGACGUGUUUGUCAUCAUUCACCAGGUGCGAUGCGAAUUGGAUAACGGAUCUCGUUACAGAUUGAUUCCCGGGAAAUCAAACUUUAAUUGGAAUGCCUAACAAGGUUCAUAAAUAAAGCCAACAGUAUCAACGAUUCCAACGAUUACCGGAAUACGGCAGCGUGACGGCUUUCAGACGACAUCAAAGCUUUCACAGCUCAGGAAGGAUAAGAAAUCUGAUUAGCGGUAUAAUUGGGCAAAUUGGAGAUUAUUUUUCUAUCGCACAGUGAAAACCGUCCCGCAAGAGGAAAUAGGAGCGAAAUGUGUGCCGCGUGUUGGGUGAUGAUGGCAUUUUCGUUGGUGCUGUCACUUUUUGCGGCGACUGUUUACGGUGGUUCGUGCCGGGAUGCCACGCUCUGCUGCAACGGACGAGAUUCCUCGUGUGUGGUGCAAAAAGCGUUCUCGAAUACCAUCGUGGCAACGGAUUUGAACGUGAAACCAUGCUACUGCGAUCAUGCCUGCUUGAAACUCGGCGAUUGCUGCGCUGAUUUCAAGGCAUACUGUGGAGUGAUCGAUUGCGUUGCCAGCGAGUGGGGACCAUGGGCCGAGUGCGACACACCCUGCGGCCCCGGGAUGACGUCCCGCAACCGGACUGUCCGGCAAAAAACGCAAAACGGUGGCAAGCACUGUCCGUCACUGGUGCAGAAACGGGGCUGCCUGGGAACGGACUGCCACUCGUCGAGGAACCGCCCGGCGCUGCUUCAGGAAACGGCCUUGCUUUUACCAGUGGCCACCUUAUCCGCGCGCAGCCACAAAAACACCACCACUCCGGGUAGAGGCGGCGUUAGCAGCACGGAGGAUAUCCAACGGUUACGGAAUCCGCAAAACACCUUCCACGAACAUAAACCAGCGACAACAGAUGGAUACUGCAUCGCUUUUCUGCUCAUGAAGGUGACAAAACAGUGCCAGAAGGACCCAAACUACAGGGCCCUGCUCGAGGGCGACCGCAUUGUUGUUCAUUGUGAUUUAGAACCUCCGUUUACCAGGGAUGUCACAUCGGACGAGCAAGACAACUCCGUUUCAGAGGAGUCCAACGAAGACGACGGCAAUGAUGAUGAAAAUGGAAACACUAACAUAGAUGAUUACGAUCGGAACUUGCCGCGCUACGCCAGCAGUAGCAGCAGCAGCAGUAGCAGAAAAGUACCGAACCGAACGGUGCCGAACCGUUGCCUAGGGGAGGGCAUUACUGGUCGGAAUACGCGGUUCGCCUCCCUGGUCACGCCCGCCUGCCAUGGCAAGUGGCUUCGGUUAACAGGAGCUAUUCCGAAAAAGUGCUUCUCCGACGAGGCGCAGUUUAUCUUCAUCUAAAACAUACCCCCGUUUGCACUUACGGGACGACAAGGGGCGGCAGAUGACACGACAGUCAGCAGUGCAGUGUGAUAUCGGCUUUGUUUGUGAGAGCUUGCCCUUGUGCCGUGCUAGUCAUCGUAUCCCUGUUGCAUAUCCCCGAUGUCAACAUGGUUUUUCCCAGGAGCGGGCAACGCUGAACUGCAUCCGGGCGCAUAGAGAAUUAACUUCAUCAUUUCUUGCACAUAAACGUGAACCAUCAUUCGUUGUUGAACGCAUGCAUGCAAAUGGGUGGAUGUUGUGGAAAGUCAUAAAACGAGGGCAAAUUCGGAUCAGUAAACAAAAUUCCACUGAAAUAAAUUUCACAUUUUGAAUGCGUAGUCCAUAUUCCAGCGAGUGGGACAGGUUAUAAAAUGUUGAAGAAAGUGAUGCUUAAAUAAAAUGUAAAUAAAUUUAAUCUUUUCCUUUUUUCCAUAAUGACGAUAAGAAAUUGAAAUAAAAAGGAUUGUGUAUCAAACCA